AUGCUGCUCGGCGCGCUGGUGGAUGUGGGAGUGCCGCGCGAGGUGCUCUCGAGUACCGUCGCGGCGCUUCGGUCCCCGGUUUCCGUCUCCUUCGCUGAGAGUUCCCGGGGAGGACUUCGCGGGAUCAAGGCGCAUGUUGAGGCCGCCGACGAUCGCGGGCAUCGCCAUCUCAAGGACUUUCUGAACGUGCUGGACCGGAGCGGGCUGCCGGAUGAGGUUUCGGGGCGGGCGGUAGAGCUCCUCCGGCGCAUCUUCGAAGCCGAAGGGCAGAUCCACGGCAUGUCGGCGGAAUCGGUGCACCUGCACGAACUGGGAUCGCUCGACACUCUGGUCGACAUCGUGGGAGCGGUGGCGGGAGUGGCGUAUCUGGCUCCCGACGCCGUGGUGGGCUCGCCCGUGAAUGUGGGAAGCGGUUCGGUCGAGGCGGAGCACGGAACCCUGGAGAUUCCGGCCCCGGCGACGGCCCUGUUGCUGCGGGGGAUACCCACCUUUGCGGACGGUUCCGGCUUUGAGCGCACGACCCCCACGGGAGCCGUACUGACCGGUCUCGCCGACUCCUUCGGCGGUUGGCCGGCGAUUGCCCCGGAACGGAUCGGAUACGGCCUCGGCUCGGCCGAUCCCAAGCAAGGGCGCCCCAACGCGCUCCGCGUCGUCCUCGGGUCAGCGCCCGACGGUUCCGGGAACGCGGUGGUCGUCGUUGAAGCGACCCUCGACGAUCUGCCGCCCGAAAUCGCGCCGCAUCUCCUCGACCGGCUGCUCGCCGCCGGAGCCCGGGACGCCUUCUUCACUCCCGUGCAGAUGAAGAAAGGGCGCCCGGGCUUGGCCGUUACCGCUCUCGCCGAUCCCGGGCGCCGCGAAGCGGUGGUAGCCACGCUGUUCCGGGAGAGCACGACGCUCGGAGUCCGGAUCAGGGAGGCGGAGCGGGAGACCCUCGAACGACGGACGCUGCGGGUGGAGACUCCGUGGGGCCCGGUGGGAGUGAAGGUGGGCCUCUCCAACGGAAGGGUGAUCAACCGCGCUCCGGAAUUCGAGGACUGCCGUCGAUUGGCCGAGCGCACCGGGGUCCCCCUGAAAGAGAUUCACCGGGAGGCCCUGGGAGCGCCCCUUCCCGCGUUCGGGAAUCCGACCCGCGAAGGAGGCGCGCCGGACCCGCCUGCGUCUGCCGCGCCGGAUGGUUCGCGAUGA